AAGCAAGAUCAACCAAAGAGAUUCUGUUUGGCAAAAGAAAGAAAACCUCAAAACCAGAGAGAAUGGCAGGCAUAGGUCCGAUUUCACAGGACUGGGAACCGGUGGUGAUCCGGAAGAAGGCGCCGAACGCCGCCGCCAAGAAGGACGAGAAGGUCGUCAACGCCGCUCGCCGUGCCGGUGCCGAGAUCGAGACCCUCAAAAAAUCUACUGCUGGAACGAACAAGGCUGCCUCUAGUAGUACUACUUUGAACACAAGAAAGCUCGAUGAAGAAACAGAGAAUCUUGCUCAUGAAAGAGUACCAACGGAACUGAAGAAAGCCAUCAUGCAGGCUCGUAUGGACAAGAAACUUACCCAGGCUCAGCUUGCUCAGAUGAUCAAUGAGAAACCCCAAAUCAUCCAAGAGUAUGAAUCUGGAAAAGCCAUUCCAAAUCAGCAAAUAAUUGGCAAAUUAGAGAGGGCUCUUGGUUGCAAGCUUCGAGGGAAGAAGUGAGGCAAUUCAUUUGUCGAAACAGCAAAUAAAGCUUUAACACUACUCAUCGUCAGUGUUUCUCGAGUCUUAAAAUCGGUUAUGUACAUGAGCUUCUCUACCCCGUUAUUAUGGCUUGUGUGUGCAAACUUAUCCUACGUUCUGAGUUGAAUAUAAAUCUGUCUUUGUUAGUAAAUCUAGCAUGUCAUUGGCUGCAAUGUUUACUAUUUUUCCUCUCAUCUUGAAUUAUCUGAUCAAAAUACAUUCAUUUGAUGAGCUCAAGGAUGCUUUGUCUCAUUUGUUUCUGCUACCAAUAGCUUUCCACGGUUAAUCAUAGAACAUGCAGAUGCAGUAAGACGCUGGAAUACUACUGUUACUGGAAAUGUCAAACUGGAUUUGAUAAAAUCUUGCAGGACCAUCAAGUCCUUAGUAGAAUAUAAGAUCGAUGCAUUC